GCCGGCCAUCGGCGCCAUCCUGCCGUCGCAGCCGCCAUGGUGCGCAUGAACGUCCUGGCCGAUGCCCUCAAGAGCAUCAACAAUGCCGAGAAGCGCGGCAAGCGGCAGGUGCUGAUCCGGCCGUGCUCCAAGGUCAUCGUCCGUUUCCUCACCGUCAUGAUGAAGCACGGCUACAUUGGCGAGUUUGAAAUCAUUGAUGAUCACAGAGCUGGGAAGAUCGUCGUGAACCUCACGGGCAGGUUAAACAAGUGUGGAGUGAUCAGCCCCAGAUUUGACGUGCAGCUGAAAGAUCUAGAAAAGUGGCAGAACAACCUGCUGCCAUCCCGCCAGUUUGGUUUCAUCGUCCUGACAACCUCAGCUGGCAUCAUGGACCACGAAGAAGCAAGACGAAAACACACAGGAGGAAAAAUCCUGGGAUUCUUUUUCUAGGGAUGUAACAGAUAAAAAUAAAAGCUAAAUGGAC